AUGGUGGAGCCCAAGUCGGACACGGCAAGUCUGCGGUCCAAGAAGAAGCAGCGAGCCCAGCAGACUCGGAGAUACGGAUUCGCCUGCUCCAACUGCAGAAGGAAGAAGGCACGAUGCAAUGGAGCCACGCCGGCAUGCGACAAGUGUAUUGCAUCCCGGGAGACGUGCGAAUAUGACCGAGGACCUUCGGUAGCAUAUGCAGCCUCCCUUGAGAAACGGCUCAAAGCAUUCGAGGAGAGGUUUGAAAAGCUUCGUCAAAGUAGCACUGUUGACGAACGCAAUGCUCUGAUCCAGGAGCCCUUUGAGGAUGUCAAACCAGAGCGGACGCGAGCCCCUUCGGCUCUCAUGGCGGUGCCUGAAGGGCAACAAAAUGAGGUCCACGAGCCUGAAACGCUGUCCUCUCCAUCUCCUGCGGCACAGAAUGAGCCGCCCGACGAGACCUCCAUAGGUGCCGACGGCCGCAUCUGUUUUUAUGGCAAGACCAGCCAUUACCACGUCGAUCUGGAGGAUGAUGGAACCGGGGUAGAACUGCUGCCGGAAAGCGACGAGCAGCAGGCACUGAACAUGGGCGUGUCAACAGCUUCAACAAUCUAUACUACGCCCGAACUCAAUCUUUUCGUCGACAGCCCUGCAAUGCCGCAACUACUGUCCGAGAUAUCUAGCGAGUCGCUGAAUCAUUUGCUGGAUGCGUACUGGUGUUGGUCACAUCACCUACAUCUGGUGCUGAACAAGCGGUUGUUUUUACGCGACUUACACACCUCGGGUCCUUCAGUGACUCCUUUCCUUGUGAGCGCGGUUCUCGCUCAAGCAGCCCGGUAUUCCACCAGGCCCGAAUCAUCCCACCUUGGGGAUCAUUUUGCCGCUCGAGCUUUGCACUUGCUUCCAAGUGAUAUUGACAAAGGCAGCUCUAUUCCUACCGUCCAAGGCUUGCUCAUACUUUCAGCCCGAGAAUGUGCCUGUGGAAGAAUCUCCCAGGGCUGGCUCUACUCUGGUAUGGCGUUUCGGAUGAUGCGCGAUCUCGGUAUCCACAUUGAACCCAGGAAGAUGGGAUAUCUCUCUCGCCAAUUCUCGGAAGAAGAUCUUGCUCUCCGGCAGCAAGUGUUCUGGAGCUGUUUCACUUGGGACAAGACCAUGAGUCUUUGUCUGGGCAGAGCGCCUAUCAUCCAUGACACGAUCGAUGUCCCGUCCAGAGACAGCUUACUCGACGGUGCUGAGACGGACGAAGAGCAAUGGGUUCCGGUCCUCGGCAAUCAGACAGAGUCGACGGCGAGCUUCAUCGAGCAGAAGUCUCUUGGAAGUGCUCGCUUCGCUGCAUAUUGCAGGUUGUGCACAAUCAUCGAUGGUGUGCUGGACGGUCUUUACUGCCGGCCUCACCAGUCCAAGCAAGACCAUCUCCUUGCGUUUCUCGAUACCACUAUCGGAAGGCUCCAACAGUGGUCGACCAGUCUUCCUCCUGGUCUCUUCAUCUCCCCGGAUAGCAGAGUCUUUCUCUGCCCACCAAUCCACAUUUUACUCCUCAAUCUGACAUAUCAUGCCACGAUGAUCCUCUUAUGUCGGCCGUACCGGAACAUCUCCCCUCAAGCAAAGGAAUUGUGCACCAAAGCGGCACAAAUGAUCGAUACGCUCUUCACACUACAUGUUCGGCAGUUUGGGUUUCGGUUCAUCACAUACCUCCAAACAUAUACCAUGUUUGUGGCAUGCACCAUAAAUGUCUUGGACUUGAAGGAGAAUGAGUCGAACAGUCGAGAUCUAGCGACUGGGGCAGAAGCCAGAGAGGAAUGCCUCGCUCUGGCACAGGAAGCAAGUGUAAGAUUGAACUUUGGUUUAGAGGUCUUGCGACAGGCAGGUGCCACGCCCUCAGCAGCAAGGUGUGCGGCGGUCAUUGUACAGCUGCUCCGACAAUGGUCAAAUAAGGAGGCGAACUCGAAGAUGUGCAAUCAGCGACAACGCCAGCGUUCUGAGCAGCAGCCUUCGCCACCUUUCAGACGACAAUCGAGUAUGUGCCGAGCAGAAGCACGGCAUCCCAGCCGGAGCCUUCAACAUAAUGCACACUUUCGCACAGAUCUGCUGUCCAUGCAAACCCAAAGCAACGGUAAUGAGAGCAUGCUAUUUCCUGCAGUUGAGUCAACUCCCGCAUAUGCUCAAGCACAUGGGCAGGCGGUCGACAAGCAGCCGUCCCCAGAUAUUUCCGACACGAUGAAUCUUGGGUUCGGCAGCAGCAGUGGUCUUCAACCACUUCAGCCAGACGGCAGUGCUUACAGCAAUUCUCACGUGCCAAACUUUGCAAACUCGGGCAUCGAGACUCCGAUGCGCUGGCUGCCAGACAAUAUCCACGAUGACGGUAGCUGGAUGUUGAUGAUGGAUUUUGGGGACAACAUCAGCCUGUGA